AUGUAUAUCUAUUUCAUGCCAUUGCCUAUGGAUAUAGAUAAACGGUUACUUGAGGAGCUACCCACCGAAGGAGAGCGAGAAGAGAUCCAACUUCCAACUGAUGAUGGCGGAAUCGAGGUCACUGAGGCGCAAUUUUUUCCAGCUUCUGAGUGGCUACGUCGAGCACAGGCUGGGGAGAUUAUCCUGUUCCCGCCUCAAUUCCUUCUUUUGCAUCUAGUAUCUGGCUUUCUGGACCAGGAGCCUCGGUCAGGAGCUUCCGUGGAAGAACUAGAGAAACGCCGGGCGGCACUUGUCGAGUUUAUUUACUCCGGCUCGCCGGCUUGGACACAUAAAUGUAUCUCGCCCAGGAUGCUCAAGAUGAUGGAGGAUGGGCGGACAGUUCUGGCACUCGACCAUCCCGGCCCCGAGUUGAAAGGAUCUGGUCGACUAGGCGAGACAGAUCGGGUUGUGGUUUUGAAGUUUAAGAAGGGAAGUGCAAGGGAGGUGUCUGUAGCAUGGAGGAAGGAUGUAUUUAAAGAACAGAGCAAUCUGUAA